AGCGUGACCGGGGUAGACAUGGGUAGACCAACAGCCCGGGUUCACUGCCUGAUCAUGUGGCAUCCUUGAUUUGUUCAGCGAUGACAUUUUUGGGACACGCACUUGGGAGAGCUGUAGACACCUCUGCAAUGCGCCAAAGUAUUUUGAUUCGGAAGAUCAAUACCAUUUGGUCAUUUUUGGCUCAAGGCAAGCUUUACCAACUUUGGGCUUAGUGACUCCUGUUGUAUCUUCAGUAUACUCAGACAGCCAUGGGUGACGAGGAGGUCGCAGCUUUGGUCGUGGACAACGGAAGCGGCAUGUGCAAGGCCGGUUUUGCAGGUGAUGAUGCUCCCCGAGCAGUUUUCCCAUCCAUUGUGGGCCGCCCGAAGAUGCCUGGAAUUAUGGUUGGCAUGGACCAGAAGGACAGCUAUGUGGGAGAUGAGGCGCAGAGCAAGCGAGGCGUUCUCACCUUGAAGUAUCCCAUUGAGCAUGGCAUCGUCACCAAUUGGGACGACAUGGAAAAGAUUUGGCAUCACACCUUCUACAACGAGCUGCGAGUUGCCCCAGAGGAGCAUCCCGUCCUGUUGACGGAAGCGCCUUUGAAUCCCAAGGCCAAUCGUGAACGCAUGACCCAAAUCAUGUUUGAGACCUUCAACGUCCCGGCCAUGUAUGUGGCGAUCCAGGCCGUCCUCUCCCUCUACGCGUCUGGCCGCACGACUGGAAUUGUGAUGGACAGUGGUGAUGGUGUGAGCCACACAGUGCCUAUCUAUGAGGGCUACGCCUUGCCGCACGCCAUCUUGCGUUUGGAUUUGGCGGGGCGGGACCUGACGGAGUACAUGAUGAAGAUCCUCACUGAGCGCGGCUACUCCUUCACCACAACCGCCGAGCGUGAGAUUGUGCGCGACGUCAAGGAGAAGCUUUGCUACAUCGCCUUGGACUUUGACAGUGAAAUGAAGGCUGCGUCUGAGAGCAGUGACAAGGAAAAGACCUACGAACUCCCAGAUGGCAACAUCAUUACCGUGGGGUCUGAGCGCUUCCGCUGCCCUGAAGUCCUCUUCCAGCCCAGCUUUGUGGGCAAGGAGGCGAGUGGCAUUCAUGACACCACCUUCCAGUCCAUCAUGAAAUGUGACGUGGAUAUCCGCAAGGACUUGUAUGCCAACGUGGUCCUCUCCGGUGGCACCACCAUGUUCCAAGGGAUCGGUGAACGCAUGACCAAGGAGCUCACCGCCUUGGCGCCUUCCACCAUGAAGAUCAAGGUGGUCGCUCCACCGGAGAGAAAGUACAGCGUUUGGAUUGGGGGUUCGAUCUUGAGUUCUUUGAGCACCUUCCAGCAGAUGUGGAUCUCUAAGGGCGAGUAUGAUGAGUCUGGACCGACCAUCGUCCAUCGCAAGUGCUUCUAAGACGAGGGAGCCACGAGAGGCGGGGCAUGGAUGGCUCCAGCAGAAGAUGCUCCAGAAGUUUGGGCCUUUUUUGGGGGGCAUGGAUGGCUCCGUGUCGAAGAGGAUUGCAUUGCAGACCUCAUGUUCACAGCCGUCCAGCUGGGAAUCUCUGAUUCAGUGCUUUGAGGCACUGAUAGAUUAAUUCAAUUCAGUCUUGCGGCAGUUGUCGUGUUGCAGAGGGGGCAGCCCUCAGGUUCACCUUCCUGCUCGUAAGACAUUCCAGGCACUGCUGCGUAAGGACCCAGCUUGCCAGCACAUCAGGAUGAGUG